CAGGAACAGACACAUGAAAACGUGAAUGUGCUUUAUCAACGGACAGACGUGUUUUUGCUACAGAAGCUUAAGAACCCGCAACUCCCUCUAGUUUGGGACGUGGUGUGUGAUAACACUACAGCGAUAGAGAGAAAGCAUCAUGAAGGUGACAAUCCUGUUCAUCUGCUCCUGCCUGGCCUGGGAAGGCCUGGGGAAGCCACAGUUUCCUGACCAAGAGAAAGAUCCCCUGUUCUGGAACACAUGGGCUCAGAGUACUUUGAAGAAUGCCCUCACACUUCAGAAGCUCAAUCAAAACACUGCAAAGAACCUCAUCCUCUUCCUUGGUGAUGGAAUGGGCAUUCCCACAGUGACGGCAGCACGAAUACUGAAGGGGCAGCUGAGCAGACAGAGUGGAGAAGAGACCCAGCUGGAGAUGGACAAUUUCCCCUUUGUUGCGCUUUCCAAGACGUAUAACACCAAUGCCCAGGUUGCAGACAGUGCGGGUACAGCCACAGCAUUCCUCUGUGGGGUGAAGGCCAACGAGGGCACGGUGGGUGUGAGUGCAGCUGCCGUCCGCUCUCAGUGCAACUCCACACAGGGCAACGAGGUCACCUCCAUCCUCAGAUGGGCCAAGGAAGCCGGCAAGUCAGUGGGAAUAGUCACGACAACGCGUGUGAACCAUGCCACCCCCAGUGCGGCCUAUGCCCACUGUGUGGACAGGGACUGGUACUCCGAUGGUGAGAUGCCCGCUGAGGCAGUACAGGCCGGCUGCAAGGACAUCGCCAGGCAGCUCUUUGAGAACAUUCCCAACAUCGAUGUGAUUAUGGGAGGAGGGAGGAAGUACAUGUUCCCCAAAAACCAAUCAGAUGUGGAGUAUCCUGGAGAGAUGAAACACUUUGGUACCCGCAUCGAUAGAAGGAACUUGGUGGAGGAGUGGAAUAACCGAAUGAAAAACAAGAACGCCAACUAUGUAUGGAACAAGAAGGAACUUUUAUCUCUAAACCCUAAUAGUGUGGAUUACCUUUUGGGUCUGUUUGAGCCUGGAGAUCUUCCCUAUGACCUGGAGAGAAACAAUGAGACAGAUCCUUCACUGACAGAGAUGGUGGAGGUGGCCAUUAAGAUCCUGAAGAAAAACCCCAGCGGAUUCUACCUGCUGGUGGAGGGGGGGCGCAUCGACCACGGACAUCACGACGGUAAAGCCAAGCAGGCCCUGCAUGAGGCAGUGGAGAUGGACCGGGCCAUUGGCCACGCCGGCCUCAUGACCAGCAUAUAUGACACAAUGACUGUCGUCACUGCUGACCACUCUCACAUGUUCAACUUUGGAGGUUACACUCCAAGGGGGAACACCAUUUUUGGACUAAAUUCCAUUUUGAGUGAUGUGGACCAGAAGCCUUUCACUGCCAUCUUAUAUGGGAAUGGACCAGGGUUUAAAGUAGUCAAUGGUCUGAGAGAGAACAUCUCCACCCUUGGCUAUGGGGAAAAUAACUACAAGGCCCAGUCUGCAGUGCCGCUGAGUAUGGAGACUCAUGGAGGAGAGGAUGUGGCUGUGUUUGCUAAGGGCCCUAUGGCUCACCUGCUGCACGGUGUCCACGAGCAGAACUACAUUCCCCAUGUCAUGGCUUAUGCUGCCUGCAUUGGCCAGAACAGAGACCACUGCAUGUCAUCCAGUGGAGCCUCUAGUCUCAGCGCUGCUCUGCCCAGCCUGACAGCUCUCCUCACACUCAUCCGCCUCCUCUGCUGACCUUUCACCCCAACCCCCCUCCUGCACUACCCCAACCCUCCUCUUAGUAUACAUGUAAUACUCCCACAUAUUGUUUUACAGUUGCAAUGUGUAUUUUCUUCUUACCAUUUAAAAAAUAUUUUUUCAUUCUAUAAUGACAAUGGGCAUUUAAAGUUAGUGUUCUGAGGGUUGGUGUUGUUCAGUCAGAUGUAGUGUUAGGGAAAAUAAGAGGAUAUCACCUUAUUUCUACUUUAAGAUAUAGGAUAGUUUGUGUUAUUUUACUUUGGUAUUGAUCACUAUUCAGUUAACACCAAAACUAUGUGAAGAAUUCUGUCAUAUCAGUUGGUUUAAGAGAAGGGUAUAUCUCUGAAUUUAUAUCAAUCAUUGUAUGGGAAAAAUACCCUCCCGGGAUUAAUGACAAAGCAAUGUUGCUGCCCACCUAUAUAUUUGUUGUCUGUCAAUUCCAUGACUAUGGAUUAGUCAACUUUUCAAAGAAGCCAGUUCCUUUUGAAAAUUAGAAACCUAAUGCAGGGGAGAGCGAGGUGUGUUGUCACACUUUUCACACUCUCUAACAUUUACUGGGCACAAUACAUCACAAUCUUAUAAAUGUCAUACCAAAUGAAAGAAGGAAGUCUUGGGCACAUAUGUUGUAUUCAUUACAUCUUCAUGUGUUAUUUCAGUACGGAGUUGUAGACCGUUAACCUGUGACAGUUUGCUCCAUCAGAGGGUAAAUUGUCACAUUGGAAUAUCAACAAAUAAGAACACAACUAAUUAAUUGUGAAAAUUGAUUUUAAUUUCAAAUUCAAAACCAAAUUCAAUUUCAUUAAAGAGCUCAAAAUAAAAACAAUCAUGCCUAGAGAAUCUGGCAAAUCAUGCCUUUCAAUCAAAACAAUAAUACUGGCAGAGCACACAGUAAUUAAGUGGCACGACCACUUUACUUCGAACCUUGAAAUCGAACGUUCUCUGGCGUGUACAUAGAUCCACGGUAAUUGUUGUAAUUGGAAUGGAAUGUAAUGCUGCAGAUAACUUGCUUAAUUAAAUGUUUAAGGUCUUAAUUAACAAAACAGAUGUGGUGUUUAAACACACUAAUGCACUAAUGCACAAUUUUGUAACAGCCUAUACGACGUACAUCUGUAUCCGACUAAUCCGACUCAUCUUCGGAGUCACAGUUCUGACACACAUAAAUUGCCUGGCCUGAGGUGCAAGCAUCAUGGGCCCAUUUGUUGCAUCUCACACAGUUCACCCACGUCUCCUUUGGAAGGCUGUUUGAAAUGGCUCCACACAGACGAGGCAGAAUCACUCCUCUUCAUCUGAUGAUGAUUCUUCUAUGAUUUUUGCCUUCUUGUUCUUUGCAGAUCCACAUUUUGACCCCCCCCCCCUUGCUUCCCUUUCUUCGGAAACAGCCUUUUGCUAGAUUGUGCCUUAUUCUUUUACAUUUCUAUUGCCUGCUUCACUGGUGUGUCAGUUAGAAUUGCUGUUUUGCGCCGUUUUCUUCCUUUACAAGCUUGUUUUCAGUGGUCAGCUUUUGAAUAUGGCCUGAUGUCCUCUGGAGUUGGUAGUCUGCUGUCAGCAAUGGCAUUGCUGGGCAAGGGUGAGCUGGUGCUAGCAUAAGAACUGGGCAGGUCUGUGUCUGAGCUCGUGCUAGGCAGGGAUGGAAUGAUGCUGGGGCCUGGCUGGUUGGUGCUGGAGCCAGGUUGGUGCUGGGGCCAGGCAGGGCUGGAAUAGUGCUGGGGCCUGGCAGGUUGGUGUUGGGGCCUGACAGGGUUGGAAUGUUGCUUGGGCCUGGCAGGGCAGGGUUGGUGCUGGGGCCUGGUAGGGUUGGAAUAGUGCUGGGGCCUGGCAGGUUGGUGUUGGGGCCUGCCAGGGUUGGAAUGUUGCUUGGGCCUGGCAGGGCAGGGUUGGUGUUGGGGCCUGCCAGGGCUGGAAUGUUGCUUGGGCCUGGCAGGGCAGGGUUGGUGUUGGGGCCUGACAGGGUUGGAAUGUUGCUUGGGCCUGGCAGGGCAGGGUUGGUGUUGGGGCCUGCCAGGGCUGGAAUGUUGCUUGGGCCUGGCAGGGCAGGGUUGGUGCUGGGGCCUGACAGGGUUGGAAUGUUGCUUGGGCCUGGCAGGGCAGGGCAGGGUUGGUGCUGGGGCCUGACAGGGUUGGAAUGGUGCUUGGGCCUGGCAGGGCAGGGUUGGUGCUGGGGCCUGACAGGGUUGGAAUGUUGCUUGGGCCUGGCAGGGCAGGGUUGGUGCUGGGGCCUGGCUGGUUGGUGCUGGAGCUAGGUUGGUGCUUGGGCCUGGCAGGGCAGGGUUGGUGCUGUGGCCUGGUAGGGUUGGAAUGUUGCUUGGGCCUGGCAGGGCAGGGUUGGUGCUGGGGCCUGACAGGGUUGGAAUGUUGCUUGGGCCUGGCAGGGCAGGGUUGGUGCUGGGGUCUGGCAGGGCAGGGUUGGUGCUGGGGCCUGGUAGGAUAGGAAUGUUGCUGGGGCCUGGCAGGGCAGGGUUGGUGCUGGGGCCUGGCUGGUUGGUGCUGGGGCCAGGUUGAUGCUUGGGCCUGGCAGGGCAGGGUUGGUGCUGGGGCCUGACAGGGUUGGAAUGUUGCUUGGGCCUGGCAGGGCAGGGUUGGUGCUGGGGUCUGGCAGGGCAGGGUUGGUGCUGGGGCCUGGCUGGUUGGUGCUGGGGCCAGGUUGAUGCUUGGGCCUGGCAGGGCAGGGUUGGUGCUGGGGCCUGACAGGGUUGGAAUGUUGCUUGGGCCUGGCAGGGCAGGGUUGGUGCUGGGGUCUGGCAGGGCAGGGUUGGUGCUGGGGCCUGGUAGGGUAGGAAUGUUGCUGGGGCCUGGCAGGGCAGGGUUGGUGCUGGUGCCUGGAAGGGCAGGGUUGGUGCUGGGACCUGGUAGGGUUGGGUUCUGAAUGGGGCGAUCUGUAAUGUAGGAUGGCGCAAACUCGGUUGUAAUGUUGUACCCCAGCCACCCUAAAGCCAGCCUGAAUAUUCAAGGGGGUUGUAGCCAGAGGAUAGGUGAUUGCCACAAUCCCAGGAAUGUCAUAAAUUGACAUUGUCUUCCCGGGAUUGUUCCUCAUCCAGGCAUCACAAGAGGUGUUGAUGUGCCUCUUUAGCUGCCUGUAGACAGAACUGUCUAAGGUUGAAGCCGAUGAGAGCAAUGGGGUGGGAAUGAUAGCAUAAUUAUGCCAUUUACUCUGGCAUAAGUGAGUCCAUCAACAGACAGAUAAGACUCGUGGUUUUGUCCAAAAGGAGUAAACAGGGCUUCUCCUUUGAGCAAUUCGUAUGCUCAACCAAAUGUUUCAGGAAGUCAACAGUGCACAUCUUUCAUCCACCCAGAGGGAUUUGUCCCUCCUUUCCUACCAGGUGGCCCGUUGAUCAGGAAAUUAUCAUGAAAGUUGACACGGGGAAUAUAAAAUAUGGAGGUAUACUAUUCCCUGUGGCUGAGACAGCACAAGCCAGUGUGACGAGGGUUCCCCUUUCAGCGGAGGUCAGUGACCCUACUUGUUUGAAUCCACAUCUGCCCACCACUUUGUCAGGUUUAUGUUCAGUGGUCACUCCAGUUUCAUCGACAUUGCAUAUGUCUCCUGGUCCAACUUGAUAUCUCUCUAGCACUUAUGCUACAUUGUCGAAGAAAGCAUUAACAUUUUCUCUGUUGAAGCUACUUGCCCUGGCAAGGCUAGUUGCCUCUGGCUUUCUCAGCAACAGUGUUGGGUGCCGCUUUAAGAAGCCUGUAAACUACUCCAAGCUGGCCUUUUCUUUUUCUGCCCACAUUGGCGCGAACUUCAGCUGGUGUGUCACAGCAAACUGGUAGGAAAGUCUUCUGACCUCACUUGGCGACAGACCAAAAUAAAUGUCAUCUGACCUAGUACUAUACUAAACAAGCUGCAUCUCCAAAUCAGGUGAAAAAACCUGUCGUGGCUUUGUAUAGCCAACCACUGUUGUUGGCAUGGCUGUCUGACUUUCAACUUCUUCUCUGGUAGCCUUUUGACAAUACCGAGUCAGGGUACGGUAAUUUAUGUCAAAAUCCUUUGCUGUACUCCUGAUUGAUUUGUUCUGCAACUUCACCUGCCUCACUGCCUUUAACAUUAUGCCAGGUGGUGGGCUGCCAUCCUCUGUCUUUCUUUUAUCAUUUCUAACCAUCUUUCUUUCUUUCCUUCCUUCCUUCCUUCCUUCCUUCCUUCCUUCCUUCCUUCCUUCCUUCCUUCCUUCCUUCCUUCCUUCCUUCCUUCCUUCCUUCCUUCCUUCCUUCCUUCCUUCCUUCCUUCCGUCCUUCCUUCCUUCAAAAUCACAUUUACUCAUUGCAAUUGCAUAUUCAUUAGAGGCUUAUUACACCCACCUCCCUGUCUACUAUUCUUGUUGCCACAAUGCAAUUCAUAACACCACACUAAAUUCAUGACACUAAAUUCAUGACACUGUGUGUGUGUGUGUGUGUGUGUGUGUGUGGAUAUACAGUAGGCAUGUAGUGUGUUAGUACACACACACACACACACACACACACACACACACACACACACACACACACACACACACACACACACACACACACACACACACACACACACACACACACACACACACACACACACACACACACACACACACACAUGCCAGAGCCUGUCUUGUGUACUCUAGGGACAUGUCUGCUGCUCUAAACUGUAUAUAUAUAUAUAUAUAUAAUAAUCCAUUUACAGUAACAUUUAAUUCUAUUAUCAGAGCUGAUUACACUAUAUCACAAUGUUUUUAGAGCAUGUUCUAUAUGUCGAUGUAUACUGGGGCAAGUUGUCGACGUGCCACAAGGUCAUUGAGACAAUUUGCCCCAAACUGACAUGUGUGCUAAUUUUGGCUAAAUCUUAGGACUGCAGCUAAACUAUCAAAAGACACGUUAUUGUCUCCUCUACUCAGUGCAAAAUUAUAAUUUUGAACAUUAAUACCUAACAAAGUUUCAUUGCAUAAAAUGUAAAGUGCCAAUUCUUUACUUUUGAAGGGGAGAAAUAAGAAAAUUGUGCUCACCUCAGAUUAGAGUGACCUUGACCACAUACAAACAGGAAGUUGACCAUAGAACAUGUAGUCACACAAAGUAGCUAUUUGAUUUUUGAGAUAACACCUCUAGUGUUGGAGGUAUGAACAGUGUGACAACUUACCUCGCUCUCCCCUAACAUUCCUCUAGAUUUGAAUAUGAAUAUAUUAUUUUAGCCACUCCGACGACCUAAACAGAAAGCAAACAGUAAACAGAAUCUACAUCAUAAGCUUUCAUCAGAUUCCCUAAACAAUCGUGUAAACAUUACAAUGAGCAAAUCAGAGGCUAUUUUGAGUGUAUGGUUUAAAAUGUUAUUUUUUAAAUGUAAAUGGUAUGUAUUCCAUCUCCUUUGUACAUACUUCCCGAAAGCACUGAAUGAAAAGUCCCCCACUGUCAGAAUUUCAUAAAAUAUAAGCUAGCCAAUCUCUUACCCAAUAAAGGAAGUCCUGUUGUUUUUUCUGAAAAUGUUGUGUUUACAUUCUUGGUG